AUGACCAGGCUUUCAAUUUUUGCAGGGCUUUGCCUGGCAUUAUGUCAUUUUGCAACGGCCGAUCAGAUGGUGUGCUACUUCACCAACUGGUCCCAGUACAGACAAAACGAGGGCAAGUACCUGCCAAAAGACGUGGAUCCCUUCCUCUGCACCACCCUAAUCUACGCUUUCUCCAUCAUCAACAACAACAAUGAGCUGAUCACCUAUGAGUGGAAUGACGAUGUCCUCUACAAGUCCUUCAACGGCUUGAAGACCAAGAACCCGAAUUUAAAGACACUGCUGGCGGUUGGAGGAUGGAACUUUGGUUCAACUCGGUUCUCCAUCAUGGUGUCCAAUGCAGCCAACCGUCAGACAUUCAUCCAAUCAUCCAUUAAGUUCUUGAGGACUCAUGGCUUUGAUGGUUUGGACCUGGACUGGGAGUACCCUGGGUCUCGUGGAAGUCCUCCAGAGGACAAGAAGAGGUUCACUCUGCUCUGCAAGGAACUUGUGGCUGCCUAUGCAGCUGAGGCCGCAGCCACCGGUAACAACCAGCUCAUGCUGACCGCUGCUGUGUCUGCAGGGAAAGGAACCAUUGAUGCUGGAUAUGAGAUCGCUGAGGUUGCCAAGUAUCUGGACUUCAUCAACAUCAUGACCUAUGACUUCCAUGGAACCUGGGAGCAAUUCACUGGCCACAACAGCCCCCUCUUCCGUGGUGCCCAGGACAAGGGUGACCUCAUCUACUUCAACACUGACUACGCCAUGAAGUACUGGAGGGACCAAGGUACCCCAGUGGAGAAGCUGCAUAUGGGUUUUGCUUCGUACGGUCGCACCUUCCGCCUGACAUCCUCUAACACCGGUAUCGGAGCCCCUGCCAGCGGCGCUGCUGCAGCCGGACCCUACACACGUGAGGCUGGAUUCUGGGCCUACUACGAGAUCUGCACCUUCCUGAAGGGCGCCAAAUUGGAAUGGGUGGAAGACCAGAAAGUCCCCUAUGCUCACAAGAACAAUGAGUGGGUGGGAUUCGAUUCCAGGGAGAGCUACGAGACGAAGGUCCGCUACAUGCAAGAGCAGAAGUUUGGCGGGGCCUUUGUGUGGGCCCUGGAUCUGGACGACUUUAAUGGACAUUUCUGUGGAGAGGGAAUCCACCCUCUGCUGUCACAUCUCCGCACUCUCCUCAAUAUUGAGUUGCCUCCUCUGCCCCCUACCACAACCUCUGACCCCAGCCAAACCACCACCCACGGCCCAACUACCCCACCCACCACCACCACCCACGCACCAGGCACAGGCUUCUGUAAUGGAAGACCUGAUGGCCUGUAUCCCAACGAAGAGGACAAAAACCAGUUCUAUGUGUGUGCAGGGGGAGUCACCCACUUCAGGCGCUGUGGGUCUGGCACCGUCUUCAAUGAUGACUGCAAGUGCUGCGUCUGGCCCUGA